CCCAAAAAUGGCUCCAAAUAAAAAAUCAAAACCCAAAAGCAAAUCGACCGACCCGAUUCCGUCGCCGUCAGCCGCUCAAAUCAAAUUCCCCGCCUGUAUUCGAUCAGUUCCGCCGUCCUCCGUCGCCAUCACCAUCCACGCAAAGCCUGGUUCUAAAGUUGCUACGAUCACAGAUAUUAGUGAUGAAGCUUUAGGAGUCCAAAUCGACGCUCCUGCGAAGGACGGCGAAGCUAAUGCUGCACUUCUUGAAUAUAUUAGUGAUGUAAGUUCUUUAGUAUUAUUGUAUUUUGUUGUCUUGCUCUCUCUCUCUCUCUCUCUAAUCUUCUAUAUUAGUAGCUGGGAUUCUGAUGAUUGGUAUGAGCCUUUAUGAUGUGGUUAAUUUUAUUUUUUGAUUAUGCAGAAUAAAUUCAUCUGCUUUUACAAACUUUUAAAAGUUUUUUUUUUCAUGAGGGGUUGAUCAGCUAGAUUUUUUUUGAGUUAACCAUGUGGAGAUUGCUGAACUAAGAGAUGUAAUGGUAUUCUAGUUUAUUGAAGGAGUUUAUGGGCAGGUGGUGGUUUUUCUCCCCAUAGUUAGGGGUCUUCCAUUUCUCACUUUAUAAACUUCUACACUGCCGAUGAGCUGGUUUUGCAUUUUCAAUACCACAGUUUACAUCUCAAAAGUAGCUCUUUGAUAUUUCUGAUGUAAAACCAAUGUGUGAAUCCAAUUGGUCGAUACAUGUUGGAAGUGUUUUUAGUUCCACGCAAAAAAAUAAAAUAAAGAAAAAUAAUUUUCUGUACCCUGUCUGUGCUGAAGCUUUCUUUGUCCUCUCUUGUGGCAAAACGUUUCCAUGAGUUUAUGCUUAAUUAAAGAGAAAAAUAUAGUUGUGAGCUGAAGAGUUGAUGUGACUGUUAUUAUUUUCUUAACUAUUAUGCAUCGAAUGAUGAGGCCACGAUUUUGUUUUCGUGGUUUUGUUGUAGUAAGAAGAGAAGCCUGUUACAAUUGCAGCCAUGGGGUGCUAGACCCUUUAUUAUCUGAUGGAAAAUAGUAUAUGUGCUGGAGGAAAUUGUUUUCUUUUGGGUUCCAUUGGAAGCUCCCAGUUUUGAAUAUUUCUUUUGUCUUUAACUUUUAGGGAGCAUAGUUUAGUCGUUAGUGCAUUGGUGGAUGGAAAUCUCAUCUUUGUGUCUUUUAAAAUCCACAACCUGCUAGUCAAGUUUGAUGUAGUAAUAUCCAGUAUUUCCAACAGUAAAUUUCUAUCUCAAGGGGUGCUUUCCUACAUUAUUCCUUAGAUAAUCUAUUUCUGCCAAGACUUAGUCAUUGAAUUGGUGAUGGGAACCAAAAAAGCUUUGGAGGGAUAUUUCAGAUCAAACAAUUCGCUGCACAAGAGUCAACUGGGAUGAGUCAAACUAUUAUUAUGUUCAUUAAGUGCAUUUCUGAAUUUUAAGAAAGACAAAAGUGAAGAAGGAAUUGUAUACCAAUGUGAAGAGUGUUUCCAUGAUGUCUUGAAAACAAGUUCGGAGUUAGGACUUGAGGUAAUAGGAAGAUAAUGGUUUUGGGGAUCUAAAGGCCAAAAGUUUCUCUGCAUAUUCUUUUCUCUUUGUUAUGAAUAUGAAUAAAAAGCUGAUAUAUUUUUUAGUCCAACUUUGAAGGCAAAAUUCAUCCAUGUUUAUGUUGUUUGUUCGAUCUUUUGAGGAUCACAUGCAGCCUACAUGUGACAAAAGUAACUUAGACAUGGUUUUUGAAGGCUGUCACCGACCUCCUUCAUAUUGUACUGCUACAACCAUGAUUUGUCAUACAAUAGCAAGUUUUCCAGCGUGAUUGCUCUUCUUGCUGUGCCAUUUCUAAAAUUUUCACUACCCUUCGUAUAAUGCACUGCAUUUAGUAAGAGAAUAAAGUAAUUACUGAAAUAGGUGAUCUUUUUUCUAAAAGGAAUAUGGUUAUCUAAGCGCGUUUAUCUCUGAAGCCUUAAUCUAGAGACACAUUUUGGAUUUGAUAAUUAUUUCAGGAGUUCACACUGUAUCACCAUAACCGCUCUCUGUAUUAUCAAAUUAAAUUGAAGUGAUGUUCUGUCUCCUUCAAGAGUCCAAAUUUUCAGCUGUGACAUGGUAGUCUUUAUUCUUUUUGAAAAGCCACAAAAGUGUUACUUACUCGGGUAUAUAUUGUUCUCAAGAGAAUAAAAUGUAGAAAAAUACAUUUAUCUUAAUGGACAAGGUGUUAUUGAUUUGUACUUGGAGUGAGCGAUCAUACUGCUCCAGUUGUGCCAAAGAAGACUUUUUUUUCUCCAUUAGUGCCGUUUCAUUGUUCCUGUUAAUAUUUCUUUUUCGGGAAGGACUCAAUUUUGGGUUGGAAAGUUUAAUAACUUUUGUCAACAGGUGAUUGGUGUUAAAAGGAGACAAGUUUCAAUAGGCUCAGGCAUGAAAUCAAGGGACAAAGUAGUGAUGGUAGAAGAGACUACAUUGCAGAGUGUGUUUGAUGCCCUUGAUAAAGUAUUGAAGUCGAAAUGAUUUAGUGUGGGGCAUUGACAUAAAUGUAAAUCAUCAAAUAAAGUUGCUUUCAAAGAUCAAAUCUUCUGCAAACCAUAAAACAACGUAGCUAGGACUCAGGAGGCAUGGGACGACGUUGCUACAGAAUAUUUGAGAGUAGAUGUUGAGAAUGUUCUGACUUCAUGUUGCUAGGCGUUAGUUAAACUUAGAUAUUUUUGGUUCAGAUCACUGUGGUGCGCACAUAACUGAAAGAGAGUAAUUUGUUUCUCACAUAAUGACUAAACUGAAUAAUAGCCUUCUUACUCCUUACAAAUCACCUUCACAAGGUAGGAGGUAUACUUGUGAUGUGAAUCGGAAAUCCUAUGAAGUUUGUUUUUGCAAACCAUUUGAAUGAAAAGAACUGUUUUUGCUUCAAAGAUUGUGGGUCCUCCAGUGAAGAAUGAAAGUUAGUUGAAAUGUUUUGAAUACGAUGAACAAUAGAGAAAUAGAGAACCAAUUAAAGUAAUGGCAUUUGGAUUAUUUAAUCCAUGCUUUUACGAAAAUUGGCAACAAUGUAGCUUCUCUGAUUGUUGGUAAAUUGGUAAUUGUGGUGUUUUUGAACGGGGAUGAAUCAGAUAAUGGAUGGUAGAAUUGCAAGGAAAAGAAAAAUGAGAAGUUCAGAAUUUGAGUAUAUGAUUGACAAGAAAAGAAGUAAUCUGAGAAGUAAUCUGAAUGAGAAAGUUAAGAAAUGUACAGUUUUAUAUUCUCAAUAGAAAAAUUAUUUAAAAAUACACACUAAAAAACCGAAAUAAACAUAUAGUUAGCUUACCUGCUUUUUUCUUUUUGUGGGUGGAUUUUUCCAGCCACCCAAAUUAGUACUUGAAGCCAUCAAUUUUGAAGAAUUUCCCUUUUACCCUUGCCAUUCGGACCGAACCGGGCAAAUCAUUCGGUCUGAUUUACGUGAGAACAGACAAAUUAUUAAUUUUUAUUUU